AUGUCUGAUCUAAAAAGCCUCACUUCAGGGGUUAUUUUUGGCAAUAAAGAAUCAACUAUGUCACCAACAAGGGCUGCUGGCCUAGUUAUAUUCAGACAAGCAAAUCUGAUCAUAGAGUUUCUUUUAUUACAAACUUCUUAUGGUGAACAUCAUUGGACACCACCUAAAGGUCAUGUUGAUCCUGGAGAAUCAGAUUGGGUGACAGCCUUACGUGAAACUAAAGAAGAGGCUGGCUUGUCUGAAAAUGAUUUGGAGAUUUACAAAGACAUAUCAAAAACUCUGAAUUAUGAAGUAAAAGCAAAACCAAAAGCAGUAGUAUAUUGGUUAGCAAAAAUAAAAAAUCCUGAAGAAAAGGUUACACUAUCUGAUGAGCACCAAGACUUCAAGUGGCUUCCCCUGAAGGAAGCUCAAGAAAUAUCAGGAUUUGAAGAUAUGAAACAAUUAUUAGCUGAAUUUCACAAAAAAGCAAUUGAAAUUGUA